AUGGACCAGUUCGGCGACGCAGAUGUGAUUGUCAAUGCAACUUUCCUUGCUUUGGCCACUUUAUUUCUGGCUGUGCGGUUCACAUCUCGCAUCCACAUCGCUCAUCGAGUAACAGGAUCGGACUAUGCGAUGCUGAUUGGCUGGGUUCUUGUCUGCGCUCUCUCGGUUGCCAACAUCUAUUCGACCACGAAAGGCCUCGGAUUUCGUGAAGGGGUUCUCGAAAGUUGGAGGAAUCCGCUGGCUCGGGCCGAGUAUGUUUUUGCUGUACUCUACUAUCCAGCCCUGGCGGCCAUCAAGGUAUCCAUCCUCCUGUUUUAUCUCACGCUGGCGAAAGAAGAGUUCCUCUUCCGACUUGGAAUCUAUAUCACUCUCGGUGUAGUCCUCCUGUCGACAACCGCUUUGACACUGGUCAACCUCUUCCCGUGUCGUCCUCUCUCGGCUUCCUUUCACAUUACAACACCUCCUGGGACCUAUUGUAUUGACAUUGUAGCUCUUUAUAUUUCCACUGCUCCCAUCAAUAUCGUCACCGAUGUUGCCAUUUUUUUUCUUCCAAUACCGAUCCUAUUGCGCAUGCGACUCCCCAGGAGGCAGAAGGCAAUUCUUCUUCUCACAUUCGGGACAGGCGUAUUUGUUAUUGUGAUAAGUGUCCUUCGCACAGAGUUUCUCUUACAGGCAGCAGUCUCCCGGGUGACUAAACACCAGCCACCGAGUGUCCACGAUUUGUCCUAUUAUGAUGCAUAUGUCUUUUUAUGGUCAACUAUCGAACUGUGCCUUGGUAUCAUGUGUGGCUGCGUACCUAUGUUAAAGCCUCUGGUCGCUCGUCUCUUUCCACGUAUCCUUAACGUUAGGCACCUUAGCAGUCAACGGGGUAUGUCUACCAGUGAAGGGACGGAGCAUGAGCUCCUCAGCUUGCCAGAAGCUGCUGCUGCCCCGCCUAGAAGGAAGACUAUCCGAGUAAGACGCUUUCCCCCGAUCCACCGCACCUCUUUCCACGAAACUUCGCAAUCGGCCUCUGGAGGUGGACCAGUCAACCCUCCCCUUGACUUUAUCCGAAUAACCAGGUCAAAGAACAUGCUAGAAAUGAGUGGACGAGAAUCUGUGAUGCCACUGACCGUGGUGUUCUUUAUUUUCUUGCUCUGGGGAUUUGCCUAUGGUAUCAUUACUACGUAUUACUGGCAGUUCCCACAGGUUACCCACUACAGCAGGGUCGUGAGCUUUGGGUUGCACGCCACUCUUUUCGGAGCCUACCUCUUUGGACCUCUUAUAGUGGCGAUGCCUAUUUUACAAAGGUGGGGCUUCAAAGCCACUAUCGUCACGGGCCUCUCGAUCUUCUGGUUCGGAAUGCUGCUAUUCUGGCCGGCUACAGUCCUCAUCUCACUCCCGGCGCUCCUCGUUGCAAGCUUUAUUGCUGGGCUAGGCGUUUCUAUUGUCGAAACGGCCGUGGAUCUCUUCGUUACCCUCUGCGGGAUAGUCGGUCUAGGGGCAAUGCGGCUGAGUAUCGCCCGAGGCAUUCAAGCUGCUGGUUGGACAACAUCGCGGUUGCUCGCCCAACAAGUCCUCUUCAAGUCCAGCACUAGUGCAGCAGCGUUGGUCUCCACUCAGUGGGUCUUUCUUGUUCUGGCGAUAGUAUCAUUAGUGCUGGCAGUGGUGUAUAGCUUCGUGCGGCUUCCAGAGGCAUCCGACGAAGAACUCGACGAACUUGCAAGGCGAUGUCAACAAGACCCCAGGGCUUCUGUGUGUGGUAUUCGAUACGCCUGGAUAACUAUGACCCUCGGAUUUCUGUCACAAUUCUGUACCAUUGGUGCCCAAGAAGCCCUUCAGACAAAUUUCACUUCUUUCGUAACAUUCAACGAACCACAGUAA